AUGGCCAGAGACAACAUUGCGCCUGCCCUCACGCUGGACUACUCCGAGUGGGCCUCGUCGGAUCCCCAGACAAAGGACGAGUUUGUCAAGCAGCUCCGCGAGGCUUGCUCCGGACUGGGCUUCUUUUACCUCAUCAACACCCCCUUGACCAAGAAGGACUCGGGCGCCUCGCUCCGAGAUCGCGUCUUUGACAUCAACAGACGCUUCUUUGAGCUGCCGCUCGAGGUGCGUCAGAGCAUCAGGAUCGACAACAGCCGCCACUUUCGCGGCUUCACCAAGUUCGGCGAUGAGCGCACGAGGGGCAACGUCGACCACCGAGACCAGAUCGACUAUGGGCCCGAGGUGGAGCCCGUGCCCGCGGAGCUGUGCGAGAAGCACCCGUUCCUGAAUCUUUUGGGGCCCAAUCAGUUCAUGCCCGACUCUGCCCUUGAGGGCCAUCGCGCGGUGGUGCUCGAGUACUUUGAGGCAUGCCGGCGCCUCUCUGUGGAUCUGACGACGGCCAUCGAGCUGGCUCUGCUCAACAAAGUCGAUGGCAGCCUGCUCCGCUUCCUCGAGGGCCAGGGCGGCAAGGAGCAGGAGAUGGGCCGGCGGCCGUAUGCGCGAAUGAAGACGAUCCGCUACCCGAUGGCAGCCCGAGAAACUGUCGAUGGCAUCCCCAGAUUGAAGGAGAGUACCCAGGGAGUCGGCGCCCACAAGGAUGGCAUGUGGAUCACGCUCCUCUGCACAUCGCAGCACGGCGGUCUUCAGGUCCAAUCGCUCGCCGGCGAAUGGCUCGACGUGCCCCCUCGGCCCGACGCCGUGAUUGUCAACUUUGGCCAGCAGAUCGAGCGGGUCAGCCAGGGCGUCAUCAACGCCGCCUCCCACCGCGUCCUGAGCACGGCAGACAGCGCCAGUGCCGCGCUAGGAGAUCGUCUGUCGGUCGCUUACUUUGCAUCGCCCGCUCUCAAUGCCCAGAUCGAUCCUCUGCCCCAGGAAUCGCUCUCGCGCGAGAUCAUCGAGGCGUGGAAGAAGGCCAGGGAGGAGAGGAAACGGGCGCUGGGCAGCGAAGAGGCGAUCAGCGAUGUUCCCAAGGGCGACCUGUGGGGCGCAGAGGACAGCGCGUUUGGGGAGCAGGCCUGGCGAGGAAUCACGCGCUCCCACCCAAAUGUUGUCGAGAGGUGGAAGUACGCUCUGCCCGUGUAGAUGAUGGGGUAAACGAACGCUGUAAUUCAUGUUCAGAGGCAUCGAUGGCGUCUUCAUAUCAACUGAAGCCUGACAGAGACUGAACAACCAGAAGAAUCUUGAAGCGAAGGGGGGAAUAGAUGUAUCUUCUAUCGGAUGUUUGUACAAGAAUUGGAUCACGAGAACUUCC